AUGAAUUCGGUAUGCUCGACACCGGGCACCUCACGAAGUGUCCCCACCAGAAGAACAGACCAUAAGGAUUCAAUCGUUUCCUCAUUUAUCCACCACAACGACCAGCCCUCCUCAUCAAAUCAAGGGGGUGCCCACGUCAUCUCAUCUGUACAUAGCCUCCGCCCCGGCCAACACUUCAUCACUGUACAUACAUUAUCAAAAACAGUUCUCUCGGUGGUAGUUGAUGCAAAAACACGAGUCCAUGAUGUUUUGUGGGCUUGUGGCGAGCAGCUGGUGAUCGACGAUCGAUUUUUCGGAUUGGCUUUUCGUUCGCCAUCAGAGGGUCUUGGAGGAGAUCAACCCCGAAACGAGUACUUUUUCCUCGACCCAGCUCACCGAAUUUUCAAGUAUGCCCCAACGAAGCAAUCCCGAUUUGCGCAAUGGACAUCCUCGUCGUCACGUACUGAAACACGACCAUUACUCGUACUCUACUACCGAGUCCGAGUGUAUAUCGAUGAGGUUCGAUUGAUCACAGACGAAAGAGCGUUGGAACUGUACUACGUUCAACUCCGCGAAAAUCUUCUGGACCAAUGGGGCCAGAGGGGUACGGUGGCUGAAGAGCGUGUAUGGGAAAUGGCCGCACUUGCAUUGAGAGCUGACAAGGGGGAUGAUUACAAAGGCUUCUUCCGGCCGGAGCACUAUUUUCCGCUUUGGGUGAUCAACGAGAGAGGGCUCGAGUAUAUCCGAGAGCAUAUCCCAUCUGCUAUGGCGGAUCUAGAGGAUAUGAGCAGAAACACAGCACAGCUACAAUUUUGCAUUGAGGCAAGCCGAUCACCAUUUGCCCUGAAUUGUCAUAUCUAUGGUCUACGACGUCACAAACUCGAUUCCCGCGACAAUGCGGUCAUUUGCAUAACAUCUGGCGGCAUCGACGUUUGUGAUAAGCUAUGCAUCACCCGUGAUGAUGGAGAGAAAGUAUGCCUCUAUGCACAAACCGAAAACAAAGCCCGGUACCUCUUGGACCUUUGCCGAGCUGUUCACCAAUGUCUGCUAGUCGUUCAACAUUCCACCGCCGGACCGCGACAGCUACAGUAUCCGCAAAUCGAGAAAAGUGUCGAUAGAACCGACCGACUCAGCCAGCUUAGCCACAGUACCACAAGCGGCAUAGUCUCCGAUCGCCUCAGCCAAGCCGAUCGCCAUUCAGCUAUGCGACAUCGUGAAGCUGAUCUGGAUUCUUUGCGCCAAUCGUUGUCUGCGUCGGAGCGAAGCGGUUCAAGCCGACCCCCGUCCACCACAUCGGAUCAAAAGAAACGGAUCUCCAGGGGAAGAAAGAGUUCGAUGAAGCCGAUCACAGUCAAACCGGAAGAAGCCGUCGUCGUCGAGAAGGACGAUACCCUGAAAGCGGAAACAAAUUAUCAGGACGAGUUGGCUAGGUGGGGACGGCUUGACCCAGAAGCUGAUGAGGGGCAUUCAUAUCGUUCAUAUUCGAGCAGCGUCGCCUCAACCAGAAAUAGCGGCCCAAGAAUGGACCCACUCGAGCGUAUCAGCCCAAUUGCCAACGACUCUUACGAUCUGUUGUACCCGAAAUACCCAUCAUAUCUUGAUCAGGGACCAUCAUUCGCUUACAAUCAACUCUCGGCAUCAUCUGGCUUCGAGACGGGCGGUCAAACAUCUGAAGAUUUCCUUGAUAGUGUCCGGCCCAACCGUGCGUACGAGAAUUCCACGUCGGAUUCGCUACAAUCGUCCCAGUACGAUUCGCUACGCACGACGCCGCCGCCGAGAGUUGCCCAGCGUAGUGACCCGCCACCAUAUCAGAGACCAUUGUACCACAAUGAACCGGUACAACAACUACCAUUACGCCCGUCACUCUCUCCAAAACCUCGAUACCAAACGGUCCCCGUAGCCCCUAUCCAUGUUGAGCAGGCGAUGGCCGAAAUGUUACACCCAGCUCGAGGCAGUGAGCCCCGAAUCGACACAGCUGAGACCUACCCAUCAGCUGCUGCUCCCGAAGCAUCGAUGGGACAGGGAGGGCGACGUUUCGUCAAGCGUCUAAAGGGUGUCAAUCGCGCUCAAUCAAUGCCAUCCAGCCACCAUCAUGGCUACAUCGCCCAUUAUCAUCUACCGAUUAGUGAAGGAUACCGUAAGGUCGACCCCGGGAUGUCAAAUUCCGCAUCUUCACUGUAUCCGCAGUCUCCUGCUCUACUCGCCAAUACACUCGCAACAUCACAACCAAAACUGAAUCGCAAUCGCGAACCACCAUCCUACCAAAAAGCGCUGCAACUGCAGGGAUGCCCGGCCGGCGCCGAAGCACAAGGACACCCAUCUUUCCCACCAUCUUCUGCCACUGUCUCACAGUUUGGCGCGUCGACGGCUGUUCCCCUCGAGGCUCAACUCAGCCUCGAACAUCUGACCCACGUACCGAUGCUUCGUGCUCUAUGGGCUGAGUCUCAGCAGAAGCGAGCCUCCCUCGAAUCCUCGACCUCAUCGGCUGCCUAUGAACCGAGCCCGUACCCAUCUUCUCAUCACCUGAAUGAUCCCAACUCGCGCAAGGCAGCCUCAACAUCAAUGCUUGACAUUUCGCAAGCCGACCCAAUUGAACUACUGUAUCCCGGUGAAAAUACAAGAGGGUCUUAUGUCUUCGAAUCGACGAUGUUCCCGACCACGACGGCGAGGAGCUACGGCUGGUCAAACGGCUCGGCCCAAGUCCAAAACCUUCCCCCGCCACCCCCAUAUCCGGAAAGUCGCAAAGCCCCAAUGGUCAUG